AGCAGACUCUAGCUAGACCCGAGUUCCAACGGUUCUCAUAGAACCACCUCUUCCAGUAAAUCACAGAUAGGGCCCGGUUGUUCCAGCAUUUGAAAACCAGAGUUGACGACAUUGGUUUCGUUAUAAAACCCGUGAGGAAGAAGAAAAUGACUCGAGAGCUAGCACUCCAGUAGCAGGUCUAUCCAUUUUCUACUCCCUCCUGUAUUCUGAGAACCUCUCGAGGAUCACACUAUUUUCUCUGAGGCAUUUCAUCAUUCAGUUUAAGAGGUGCGUGUUUGUUUCUUUGUUGGCUACGAACACACCCGAGCUUACUUUGCCUGCUGCCCGCUGGCCUUUGGCGGAAUCCGUCAUAUGGCCGAAGAAACAUGCCGCCUCGUCUUGGAACAGCUAAGCAGUAUCUUUAAGCUUGAUGAAAACAUGCAGACUCUCAAGAGAAAAUUGGAAGAACUGAGUUGCCAAGAAACUGACAUAAAUUCAGAAUUGAAAAAUGCAGAGCUGCUAAUUAAAGGGAAGAAGCGAAAGAGAGAAGUUGAAAAUUGGUUGAAAAAUGUGGAACAGAAGAAAAGAGAAGUUCAGACCAUAGAACAAGGACUAGGAGAAAGGAGAUUUUACUCACAUGUGAAGUACGGAAAACGAGUAAAAACUAUGAUUGAAGAAGUGGACGAUCUUGUUCAGCAAGGUAGAUUUCCUGAAGGGAUUACGAUUGAUGCAUGUGAGACCAGGGUAGAUUUAUUACCAACAACAAGGUUGGUAGGUAAGACAUCUCAAAGAAAUUUGGAAAAAGUUUGGGUGUGCUUAAUGAAUGAUGAGGUCUUAAGCAUUGGCAUUUACGGAAUGGGGGGAGUAGGCAAAACAACCAUAACUAUGCAUAUUUAUAACCGGAUUCUAGAGUAUAUAGAACCUUUCGACUAUGUUUCUUGGGUCACUGUUUCGCAAGAGUUUAGUAUUCAGCGAUUGCAGAAUGAUAUUGCCAAAGCAAUGGGGCUUGAUUUUUCUGAUGAGGGAGAUGAAAAGAGAACGGCUGCACUACUGUUCAAAGGGUUGAUGAAAAGAAAGAACAGUGUACUCAUUUUGGAUGAUAUGUGGGAUCAUUUUCCUUUGGAGAAGGUUGGAAUUCCUAUCGGAGUGAAUGGGUGUAAGUUAAUUAUCACGUCUCGGUCCCUGGAUGUUUGUCACAGGAUGGGUUGCCAAGCAAUUAUAAAAGUGGAGCCUCUUCCAAAGGAAGAAGCUCAGAUGCUAUUCACAGAGAUACUUGGGCACAACAAAGCACUUAAGCCGGAGAUAAACGAGAUUUCAGAGGCUAUUGUUGAUAAAUGUGCUGGUUUGCCACUUGGGAUUAUUACAAUGGGUGGAAACAUGAGAGGCGUUGAUGACAUCAGGGAAUGGAGGAACGUCCUGGAGGAAUUGAAAGAAUCUACAAGGCAAGGAGACAUGGAAAGUGACGUAUUCCCUAUUUUGAAGUUCAGCUACAAUCGCCUGAGAGAUUUGAAGUUGCAGCUCUGCUUCUUAUACUGUGUGCUCUAUCCUGAAGACUCUUACAUAGAAAGAAAGGAACUGAUAGAAUACUUCAUUGCCGAGGGACUGAUGGAUGGAAGGAAAAGUAGGCAAGCAGAGUUUGAUUUGGGCCACAGUAUACUGAAUAAGCUAGAAAAUGUCUGCUUGUUGGAAAGUGUAAAAGGGAUUCGACAUGAUAGGUGCCUGAGGAUGCAUGAUUUGAUAAGAGAAAUGGCACUGAAGAUUACCGGAGCUAGUCCUCGUUACAUGGUAAAAGCGGGUAUGCAACUGAGAGAAUUACCAGAUGAGGAAGAAUGGACAGCAGAUCUGGAGAAGGUGUCCUUGAUGAAGAAUGAGAUAUCAACAAUUCCAUCAGCCACAUCACCAAUGUGUCCUAACCUUUCAACCUUGAUAUUGCGGGAGAACCCCCUGGAGAGACUUCCAUACAGAUUCCUUCUGCACCUUCAAUCCCUAUCUCUUCUUGAUCUAUCUCAUACCGAGAUUCAGUCUUUGCCAACUUCUAUAUCCGACAUGGAAUGUCUCACUGUGUUAUUUCUCGGUCACUGUGAGCAACUCAUUUAUGUGCCUUCAUUGGCAAAGCUCAAGGGAAUGCGAGUAUUGGACCUUAGUUAUACUAAGAUCAAGAGAGUACCUCAAGGUUUGGAAAAUCUGGUAAACCUCAAACGGCUGAAUAUGCAUCACACAUGGAAUCUGGAGACAAUACCAACGGGUAUACUUUCCAGAUUAACAAGUCUCCAACAACUCGUACUUGACUAUUCGUCCGAGCAUGUAAGUGUACAAGCAGAAGAGCUGAUGAGCUUGAGGAACCUGGAAGAAUUCGAAGGCCAGUUGUACGAUCUUGAUGGUUUUAACUGGUAUGUCCAAUCUCAGCAUUACAGGAGGUUGAGCUCCUAUAGUCUUCAAGUAAGUCCAGAUGACUGUCAUAACAGCAGUGCGUAUAUCGAAAACAAUGAUAAAUAUGACAAGGAAGUGAGAUUGGUCAACUGUUGUUUAACAGGCGAAAGAGGAGGAGGAGGAGUUCCCCUUUUUCUGCCUCAUGAUAUUCAGUACCUUGAGAUAAUUGAAUGCCAGACUGCGGUUGGCGGCUUAAUGGAUGUUGUUUCCUCAUUGAAUCAAGCUAGAGAGUUGAAGGCAUGUGCAGUUGUUCACUGUGAUGGGAUAGAGUGCAUCCUUUCAUCUCCAUCGUCAUGUUCCUCCUCCAAUGCUCCUUUUCAAAGCCUUGAAAAAUUGGAUCUUCAUGGGUUGCAGAAUCUAAGCGCUCUCUUUAAGUGGGGACUUAGAGGAGGUGAUGCAGUGCCCCUGAAUGGAACCUUUUCAAAUCUGAAACAAUUCGAUAUCAUUGGCUGUCCAAAUAUCAAGAAGUUGUUCACGCCUCGCUUGCUGCAGCAUCUCCUCAACCUGGAACUUCUUUAUGUAUGGGAAUGUAAGCUGAUGGAGGAGAUCAUAUCACUAGACGAAGAAGAAGAAGGGAAUGAAAAGGCAGCAAUGUAUGAAUGUAGCAGCAGCAGCAAUCUGUCUUCUUCUAAUUCCCAUGGUUUUGAUGGUACUGUUAUUUCAUUUCCCAGGUUGAAGCGUUUGUCAAUGCAGAAGCUGCCAGAGUUAAGAAGCAUAUGUAAAGGGGAGAUGGCUUGUGAUUCGAUUCAGAGUAUUGAAGUUAUUAGAUGUCCAAAGUUAAAGAGAGUCCCUCUCUCCCUGCACCCUUGCGAUGAACAACAAUCCCCUACCUGUCCACUUGAAGAAAUUGUGAUCGAUGACAAACAAUGGUGGGAAUCUCUGGAGUGGAACUCUCCCAGCCAGAAAAAUUUCCUUCAGCCCUUUGUUCGCUUUUAUUUUUAGUCAGACAAUCUUUCCAGAGAUUUGCAUAGGCAAUGUAAAAAUCUUCCUUCUACAAGAAUCAUUACCCAAUAAUGUUUCCUGUUUUCUUGUUUCGACAACCCCUUCCAAGCUUUUUCUUUCAUCAGCAUUUGGUUCAUUUUGAAUUAAGCCUGGAAUGGAAUGAUCAUUCCCUUGAAAUCUAUUUCUGUAGUUUGGUUUGUUAAAAAACGACAGAAUGUGCUAGAC